AUGCUCUCAGCGAAGGAGAAAGAAGACUUGAAAGAGCAAGCUCGCCUCCUCGAAGAAUGGAACAAACGCAUGCCACUUCCAAUUCAAUCGAAAGUUUUCAUUUCAAAAGAUCUACCAUUCGAGCCAGAAGAUGAUUUCUUCGCAUACAAUCAAAUGCAGUAUUCGGAAAGACGAAAAAUGAUAGCGAAAAACCUGAAAAUCGUGACAAGAGACGACAAUUCAGCUCAUUUAAAGGCCCAUCGACUGGUCAAAACCAGUGUGAAAAGAGAUUCACAGCUGGCGAAAAAUUGGAAAUUUCGACUAGUAGAUGACCCGGAUAGUAUUGCGAAGAUGUUCCGAGUCUUGGGACAAAGAUCGAUGAUUAGUCAGAACAGAGAGAAAGAGCUGAACAAUGAUAAAGAUCAAGAUGAGACUGUUCCAGAAAACAUAUUGGACUACCUUCCCACCUACCGCUCACCGGAAAAAAGAAUCCUGCUAAUGAAAAAUCUAACAUUUAAUAAAAGGAAUCCGAUUCCAGUUUACUGCGAUUUGCCGUUCGACUUGAAAAAUCUUGAAAAUAUUCAUAUUCCGAAUGCGCUUGUCUUCGAUUACACGGAUAUUAAUUUUAUUAAUCAAUUUACCGAACCCAAUCUUACGAGAGCUCUGGAUAUGUCGAAAGAGGGCGAUAAUACUAUCAAAUGCACAUGCCAUGACGAAGGUGGCGAGACUGUUCCAUGUUACGAUAAUGUGUCCUGUAAUUGCUAUCGGGUCAAUCAAGUGAUGCGAAGUUUUCAAGAGAAACGAAAUAAUUGCUCCUAUACUGAAUUUUCGUCCUUCAAACCGAUUCUCUUCACCGGAACACACAGUCACUUCUAUCGCCACGUUGGCUUCGCGUGCUCAGAGUUGUGCGGCUGCAAGGGAAACUGCACGAACAACGCGUUGCUCCUCCCGAAUAAACGACUCUUUCCAAUAGAAGUUUUCCGAAAUAACGAAAUCCUCGGCUUCGGUGUCCGAACGUUGAGUAUGAUUCCAGCCGGCACUCCCGUCAUGGAAUUCACCGGGGAGAUUGUCGGCGACCAACUGACCCCCGGCGCUCAUUGGGACAACGGGGAUUACGCGUAUCAGAUCAGUUAUCGAGACGACGAACAGCUGAGAAAUCUCAUCAAAAAAUUGAAUUUCAAACCCGAAUACGAGAAACUUAUUGUGAAAUUGUCACAGAAAAAGUACUAUAUCGACCCGAAAGUUCAGGGAAACGUGGGACGCAUGGCUUGCCACAGUUGUGCGUCCAAUUUGGAGUGGGUUAGAGUGUUUCAGAAGAGUUUGUCGCCGGCGCACGUUCAUUUGGUGAUGGUAUCGAUGGUGAAUAUCACCGCGGGCACACCGCUAACCAUCGACUACGGUGCCACGUAUACCAAGCAACGAUUCGACAGUGCUUGCAUGUGCGGCUCGUUCGCUUGUUUGAAUGGACCGGACGCUGCCACGUAUUCCAAGGCGAUGACUCUAAAAUUAUCAAUGUGCCACAAGACACUCUACGACGCCCAAAUCAAGGAAUGGCGCCAAGUGAUCAAACCGGCGCCCAUCGAAAGCAACAACGAGGCCAACAACGAGAACAAUUUGCCGGAAAUCGUCGAAAUAACAGAAAAAUCCUAA